GUGAUGCAAUCAGUCACAUGAGCAUCCGGAGCUCGGGGCUGGUUGACGAGCUGUCGGACCGAGAGAGACCGUGCGAAAACACGACCCGAACCACCGGUUUUACAGCACCGACCUUCAUCUUCAUCCCCCGCCUUUCCUUCUCUUACCGACUGCCAUCAUGAGCCGUGCUGUCGUCUACUGUCUCUUCGCUCCGCUGCUCCUGCUGGGUUUUGGUCAGAUUGCAUUAUCAAAGAUAUUUGAAGUGAAAAGUGGAAAUCAAACGUGCUUGCUAGCUGAAUUCUCAGCCAACUUUUCAGUCAGCUAUGAUACCACAGCUAAAAAGAGGGUCACAGUUUUGUUCUCUCUCUCAAAGGAUGCACAUGUAGACAACCGCAGUAAUUGUAAUAAUAUGGCUGCACCAGUACUGGUAGUCAGUUUUGGGGAUGGUCAUUCUCUUAGCAUGAACUUCUCAAGGCACAACGGAUCCUACAAAAUGGAUGUACUGUCUGUUGGUUUCAAUGAGAGUGAUGACGCACAUUUCCCAAAUGCAAGUCGGAAAGGUAUUUUGGUAGCAUUUUCAAAUUCUGCAGAUAUCAGUGCAAAAAUGAACACAACAUACAAGUGUACAAGUGAUUCUACAGUGCAAAUGGAAAAUGUAAACGUAACUUUGAGUCACGUCCGAAUGGAAGCUUUUCCACCAAACAACAAUUUCAGUAGAACUGAAACUAUAUGUCAUGCUGAUACACCUCCAACUGUACCUACUACAACUCUGGUUACCACCCUGGCUCCAACAACAGUGCCACCUCCAACACCAAAUCCAAUUCCAGGAGCAUAUAAUGUCACCAAUAGCAAUGGCACUUGCCUGCUUGCAAAGAUGGGACUACAGAUCAACAUCACAUAUGCAGCCCUAGAUAACAAGACUGCAGUGAAAGUUUUUAACAUCCUGCCAAACUCGACACAUGCAGAUGGAAACUGCAGUAGUGAUCGUGCCUUGCUCCAGCUGUCUGAUAACCCAACUAAGCUGACUUUUGUGUUUAUUGUGAAUACUACUACUAACAAGUUUUACCUAAAGGAGCUUUCCAUUUUCACAAGACUUCCAUCUACUGCUCAAGGAAAGGAGUUUACUGCUAAAAAUGACAGCCUGACCUACCUACAGACAACCUUGGGCAAAUCGUAUAUGUGCCAUACUGAACAAACAUUGCGAGUGAAUCUAAAUGUCUCCAUCAAUGCAUUUGAGCUUCAUGUUCAACCAUUCAGAGUAAAUGAUGCAAAAUACGGAGCUGCUGAAGAAUGCCAAAUGGAUAAAGAUGACAUGUUGAUCCCAAUCAUUGUUGGUGCAGCUCUUGCUGGCCUUGUGCUGAUUGUGUUGAUUGCUUAUCUGAUUGGAAGGAAGAGGAGCCACGCUGGAUACCAAACCAUCUAACCUCAUAGAUUUAGCUAUUCCACUUCUGUAACUAAUUCUUUUUCAAAGAAAUGCACACACAUUCUCUCUGAAAUCUUGGGCAUGGACCUGUGUUAAAGGGAGUUGAGAAAAAAGUUUACUGACAAACAGAAUCCUUUGCCUGACAACUUGCUUCUAACAUUGUAUGUUCUUAAUGACAUAUGGUGAAAUAUUUCCCAGAGCACACUUCCCCCAACCGCUAGACCUUGAGAUAGAGUAUACCAUUGCAAAUACAUUAUAAUGACUAACUCUCGGGUCAGUGACCCAUUUGAGGAAUAAAUGCAGAUUUUUCAAUGCAAACUGAAACCCAAAUCGUACCCAAUUAGCCAACGCAAUGUUGCACACAAGUUGUGAGGAAGGAGCAACUGUGUGUCAACCUUGCACAUUUAUGAUCCGCAGCUGGUUCCCUUAUACCAAGAGCAGGUGUAAUAUAGGUAACGUAGAGAGGCUGGAUUUAUUUACAUUGAGUGCAGCCAACCAGGAAAGGCCAGUUCUUUGUCAGAGAUUGUAAUACUAAAACGCAAGAGUUCUUUAGGGAAAGAACUGUUUGUGAGUAAAUUAAUAAUAUUUCACACUGCUGUUGUGUAACUAAGAGUGUUAAUUCCUGCUUUACAGAAAUAAUGGUGUGUUGUGCUAAAGUGACUUUUUUGGCUAAUUACAUUUAACUUUUACUUUAGGGAUGUGUAUGUAUACUCAAACAUGUGUGCCUGUAAAUUAGGCUAUUUGAAAAUUAAGCCCUCAUUCCCACUCCCAACAAAAUUAUAAACAAAAUUACAAUGGCUGGGGUAUUGCUAGAUUUUAAUUUGGAUUUGAGAAUAGUUUUAAUCAUUGGAAUGAUACCUUUAGGAAGGGGCUUGUCAUCCUCCUUAGCAUUGUGGAGGAAAACCACAUUGGUAUAGAUUGUGUUGCAGUGUUUGGCCUUUUUGAAAUACAAAAGCGCAACAUUGCUCUUAGUUUGCUCACCUUUCACUGCUGGGACCUUUCACACAGGGAUUGUUUGGAUAUAAAGCAAGAUGCAUUGGGUGUGAGCAGUUUUUUUGUGUAAAUCAGUGUUCAAUCUGAAACAGCUUCAAUAAUUACUGAUGGAUUUUUUUUUUAAAAUGCUGAAUGUGGAUCAAGUCCAAGGAUCAAACUAGUUCAAGUGCUAGUCAUCUCAUGUAUGUAUUCUGUGCACUUUGAUCCCUAAACUUGAAGAAAGAUGUUGGUUGAAUUGAACAUUACCCUAGCACGCUGUUCUCCCUGGUGCUAUCAAUAUAUGUAUAGUUUAAAGUUGGUUUAACUUGAUGGCCACCUGUUUCAAAUUUGGUUCCUGAUAUUUACAUUUUUUUUCCUGGGUUAUAUUUUAAACUAUUGAUUUAUGCUUUUGAGUAAUCUCUUUUGGGUGCUCUGCAUAUGGUUAGGAGCUGGCACUCUGUUCUCUUCUCCCCAUUUUUUUUUUAAUAAUCAAUUAAACUGUGUGCAUUUUUUGUGACUGCACUUUUUCAGGCAUGUCUACCAUAGAGAGAAAUUUAAGCCUGCCAGUUGUGCUUAAGAGUUUGUUUUGGACUGUUAACUGAAGAUUUGGCACAUGAGGUGUAUGCAUUGCCUAUAACCGUGCUAAUAAAGGAUUUGUUUCUCAAA